CGUACCAACAACAAGUCCAAGGCCAACUUCGCAGUAAAAACGUUUUUUCUUCUAUUGAAUUUUUCAGCUGUUGGACUACGGUGAGUCAAACGCGUUCGUCAAUCUGUUGUUUCGUCGGUCAAAUACAGAUCGUGCCGUUCCCAUUCUGAAAUCUUGAUAAAGCGUAUUAUAGUCCUGCCAAAAUGACUCUCGUCUGGGGCAUUAUUGCAUCGUUUUUGUACGUGGAGAUAUUCGUUGUGCUUUUGCUCGUACUACCGCUCCGGAGUCCUCAGCAAUGGCAUCGAUUUUUCAAAUCCCGCUUCUUGGCAAUGCUGAGCCGCCAAGCCCAGACCUAUUUCUAUCUGUUGCUAGCUGUGUUGGUUCUGUUCCUCCUGGAAGCCAUCCGGGAAAUGCGCAAAUAUUCGUCCAAUGAUCAUACACACACCGAAACACACUUGAACGUGGAGAUGCAGCACAGCAUGCGAUUGUUCCGGGCACAGCGAAACUUUUACAUUUCCGGCUUUGCAAUCUUCCUGUCUUUGGUGAUCCGUCGCUUGGUGUCACUCAUCAGUGGACAAGCCGUACUGCUGGCACAAGCAGAAGCUUCAAUGAAGCAAGCGCAAAGUGCAACCAGCGCUGCUCGCACCUUGAUGAGUCAGCAGAAGGACGGUGAUAAGAAAGCCGAUGCCAAGGACAAGCCGGCUGGCGGUGAUGCUCCAAAUGCCGAAGAGCUAAAGAAGAAGGUUACCGAGCUUGAACAAGAGCUGGCCAAGGAGCGUAAGGAUAAGGAAGCGAUGAAAUCCCAAUCGGAAAGCCUGAACCGUGAAUACGACCGUCUAACAGAGGAAUACAGCAAACUGCAGAAAAAAAUCACCAUUUCUAGUGCGGACAAGAGUGACUGAGGUGAUGGGGCCAGCGUUUGCUACUAACCAUCACUUAUAUUUUCAUCUUUCGGUUUAAAAGGUUCUUUUUGCUUUACGACAUUUUUAAAUGUGCGUACUUUUCUUUUCUACCAAUGAUGUUCAUCAGUCAUAUAAAUUUAAGUGUUUUUCAGCCUUUAUAUAUACAUGCUUUUCGAUUAAUUUACGCGAGUUGCGUCAUACAGGAGGAGUUCAGUUCUUUUACCUUAAGCGCAGCUGCAUUUCCUUCCGUUUUCUAUUCUUCAAUACGAUUCGUGGAAACAUUUACGAGCAUUAGGUGUUACUAAGUAUUUCAUGAGCGAAAAUUUAAGACAGUGAACACUUCACUAUACAGCAGAGAAAGGCAGAUGUCCUUUUCAAGACGGAGUGAUAAUAAGCGAAAGUACUGAUCGAGUGACUACACAAAUCUUAACUGUUUGGAAAUAAAACAAAUCUGUUGAAUGUAAGAAACCAAAACAAAAUAAAUGUUUCAUAC